UGAACGGACGACUCGCGACCCGGUGCGAGCCAAACGGGCUCUUGCUCUAUCGCGUGGUCCGCUCGGUGAAACGGACGUCAGCUCUCAGACUAUAAGAUAUGAUCUCGAAGAAUGUUAGUUGUGUUUAGAUUUUGUGUGAUUUUUUUAAUGAUAUUACGAUGAUUUGUCGGUUUACAAUUCUCGUAACAUUGUCAUCAUUGUACGUCCAAUAUCAUGGAGCUGUCGCUCAAUCUGCAGACAACUCAACGACACUCGCCCCCCUAUUCGAGCAAGCCCCCUGUUCCCCCAUCCGUCCCGGGGAUGUGGACUUCCAGACGGUGGACCUGAUCGCGGUAUACCGGCUGGACCGGUCCGAUACCACGGGCGUGACCCUCGUGCAGGGCUCGCAGGACCUGCAGCGCGCGUACCGCAUCGGCGACGGGGCCAACUUGACCCUGCCUCUGAAACAAGUAUUCCCGUACGGGCUUCCCUCCCACUUGAGCGUGGUGGGCACGUUCAACACGCACGGGCAGCGCCGACCCUGGAGCCUGGUGAAGGCCAGCGCUAAGGACCUGCGGUUCGCCGUCACCUUGCUGCCACAUUCCAUGAGGCUGGCUGUUUUUGUCAAGGGGACUAGAGCGAUCUUUAAAACUCCUAGUCUGUUCACAGCGGGUUGGCACAAAUUGCACCUCGCGGUUGUCAACAAUACGGUGCAUGUUGCUGUGGAUUGUAAAGAGCUGAGACCAGAGAAGGUCGGAGAUUAUGACUUCAGUGACGUAACAAAUGUGACCAUCGUGUCUAAUGAAGAUGGAACCCCUGCUCCCAUAGACCUUCAGUGGUUGUCUAUCAGUUGCAAUCGCUAUUACAUCACUAAGGAGAGCUGUGAGGAAAUUGAAAAAGCUGAAACCCUGAUUGCCACCCAGGCGCCUCCAUUGUACGCAGUAGAAUCCUCAUCAAGUUCAUCUGUGGUUGGAGUUCCACUUUGCAACGCUACCUGCCCCGCUGGACCAGUUGGCCCGCCGGGCCAGACGGGGCCACGAGGCCCCACAGGAUUACCGGGUAUCAGAGGAACAGAGGGUCCCCCUGGGCCAGUCGGACCAUUGGGACCUAAAGGAGACAGGGGCGAAAAGGGUGAACCAGGGGGAUUCAUCAAUGCAACUGAUCUUGGAGUAGUAGGACCCGAAGGACCUCCCGGAAAACGAGGACCUAAGGGCGAUAAAGGCGAUGCUGGACAGAAAGGUGAACAAGGAGAACCUGGGCUAGUGGGACUCGCAGGGAUACCAGGAUCCCAUGGAAGAGAUGGAGAGCCGGGUCCUCCAGGCCCGAUGGGGCCUCCCGGGGAGCGUGGGUUCCCCGGCCUGCCGGGGCCUGCAGCCAAUAUCAACGCUUCUCUUAUCCAUGGUGCCAAAGGUGAAAGGGGAGCGCCAGGUAGGCCGGGCAGAGAUGGAGACUCAGGAGUGAGGGGACCGCCGGGAAUAGAUGGGGCUCGGGGUUUACCUGGACCAGAAGGGCCUCAAGGCAUGCCGGGAAUCCCCGGAGACAGAGGACCUCCGGGAGGCCCUGGUCCCGCUGGAGAAAGAGGGCCUGAGGGACCACAGGGUCCAGAAGGUCAACGAGGACUGCCAGGCCCCCCUGGGCCGCCUGGGGCCACAGCUACUGGGUCACAAAGUGUCCCAGUACCGGGGCCUCCGGGCCCUAUCGGGAAAACAGGAGAGAAAGGCGAGCCGGGAUUGCCGGGACGUCCUGGCAGGGACGGGUCGGAUGGCAUCCCGGGUGCACCUGGGCAGAGAGGGCCGCCAGGCCUGCCCGCGCCGCCUGCCCCGCACUCCGUUGUACAGUCACCUUCAAUAUCGGAGAAUGAAGUGCGCAACAUAUGCGAGGACCUGAUAAGAGCUCGUCUUCAAGAGUUGACUGCCAGCCUAGCUUCUUCCGCUUCACAAGGGACAGGCAAGCGAGGUCCGCCGGGAAGACCAGGUCGUGCCGGAACACCGGGAGUCCCAGGGGAACCAGGAGAGCCCGGCCCCAGAGGCUACCCGGGUGAGACGGGAGAGCCGGGUAAGCCGGGUAGCCAGGGGUCAGCGGGGCCUAAAGGGGACAAGGGAGAACGGGGCCCACAAGGCGUGGGCAUACCCGGGCAAGAAGGACCGAGAGGUUCACCAGGUCCAGUAGGUCCGCCAGGUCCCGAAGGUAGACGAGGAGAAAGGGGUGAUCCUGGCAGAGAAGGGUCCAUUGGACCGAGAGGAAUUCAAGGUCCUAGAGGGACCUGCGACUGUCCUACAGCUGCCUUCUACGCGUAUGCACCACAAAGCAACAACAAGGGACCAUGAAAUGAAGACUAAUAGAAAAUUGGGGUCGAUUUUGGUGACUACAUUUACGCGAUAUCUUUAGCAGGUCAAGCUAACACAAGUAUUUUGUUGUAAAUGAGUUUUGCCAAUAAGUAUGUAUUUUAGCUGUUUUUCUAAAUCCCAAGCAAAAGUAGCAGCAAGUAGCGUGGAAAAUGCUGCACCGACAAGAGCGUGGCUCUUAAAUUGAUUGAUUGAUUUCUAAAUUCCAGUUUUUUUUAUUGUUUAAUAUUUUUCCUUACGUUGUUGAACACACACACUCAUACUCGUAUUGGAAGCUGCACUAUCAACACAAAACUUUUAAUAAGUCCGUAGGCGAUUAUAUACUCAUUUAAGAUUUAAAUAAUAAAUUAAGUGACUUUUUAUAAUGCAUUUAAAACCAAAGAUUAUUUUGACAAUGUAUACGUACUUAAAAUUAAAUAUUAAAAAUUUAAA